UCAUAAUUGUGUCUUUACACCACCAUGGCAAAAACAAACAUUGUGAUUUCGGUGCCCCCCUUUUAGAAGCCACACAUCUUACACCGCUGCGGUGUUUUCCGGGAUGGUUGAUUUCGCUCUAUUCGGUAAGUUAUUCGGGCAUCACGCUCGGUCCUGGACGAGGAUGUGCUCCUAACUGCUGGUGAACACGAAGUCUACGAGGGGGUCUGAGUGACGACAUCGGCUAAGAAAUACACCGUCCUGGCCCAGCUCAGUGGACCGCGUUCAUCUGAUUUAGACGCUGCUUUUGUGGUUUAAUUCUUCGUUUUUCUUCGCGUUCAAAAGGCGAAGUUUGACGCAGUGAGUUCAGUUCUGUCUCAGGACGCUGGGACACUGCAGCUGGAGUGUCGGCCCAUAUCCGGAUCCCAGGACAGGCCCUCGAAUGAAGUGAGCUCUGAUGGACCGGAUGAAGAUUAUUAAGAGACGUUUGUCUAUGAGCCUGCGCAGUGCUCGACCAGUGGACGAGAACCUAUCAGAGCUCACAGAACAUGCAGCACCAGAUGAGGCCCCAGCUUCACGGGAGAAUGAGCCCAUGGUUUGCCCCGUGCCCCCUCCUGCAUCCCACAGUGCCCCUUCUUUCUUGAGACAGUAUGCAGGGGGUUUGGGCCGCGGCGCGAUCCGUAGAGACGGCCUGGACCGACCUUAUCUCUCCCUUCACCGGACUGGUUCUCUCGGCAUAGUACAUGAGAAUGUGAAGAUGGGAUCAGAUGGAGAGAGUGAUCAGGCUUCAGGAACUUCGUCCGAUGAGGUUCAGAGUCCUGUCCGAGUCCGCAUGCGUAACAACCAUCCUCGACGUAUCUCCAAUGAGGACAUUAAUAAACGCCUAUCACUGCCAGUGGAUAUUCGUUUGCCAGAAGGCUACCUGGAGAAGUUUGCUAUGAACAGUCCUCCCUUCGACAAACCCUUGAGUCGGAGGUUACGGCGUGCUUCUCUGUCUGAAAUUGGCUUUGGGAAACUGGAGACAUACAUCAAACUGGACAAACUGGGAGAGGGCACAUAUGCGACUGUGUUUAAGGGGCGCAGUAAACUGACUGAUAGCCUGGUGGCCCUGAAGGAGAUUAGGCUGGAGCAUGAAGAGGGUGCACCCUGUACUGCUAUUCGAGAAGUGUCCCUCCUGAAGGAUUUAAAACAUGCCAACAUUGUCACUCUUCAUGACAUCAUCCACACAGACAAGUGCCUCACACUAGUCUUUGAAUACUUGGAGAGGGAUUUAAAGCAGUACAUGGAUGACUGUGGGAACAUCAUGAGUGUCCACAAUGUAAAAAUCUUCCUGUUCCAGCUGUUGCGAGGACUAGCAUAUUGCCAUCGCCGUAAAGUUCUACAUAGAGACUUGAAACCACAGAACCUCCUCAUUAACGACAAGGGAGAGCUGAAACUAGCUGACUUUGGUCUGGCUCGAGCGAAGUCUGUUCCCACUAAGACUUACUCUAAUGAGGUGGUCACACUCUGGUACAGACCACCUGAUGUGCUUCUAGGAUCAACAGAGUACACUACUUCUAUUGACAUGUGGGGGGUCGGUUGUAUAUUCUAUGAGAUGAUCACAGGACGGCCUCUUUUUCCUGGAUCUACAGUGGAGGAUGAACUUCAUCUAAUAUUUCGCAUUCUGGGCACUCCUACUGAGGAGUCCUGGCCAGGGGUCAGUACCAGUGAAGAGUUUAAGACCUAUAACUUCCCUCGAUAUCGUGCCGAACCUCUUGUCAAUCACGCACCCAGGAUAGACAGUGAUGGUCAUGACUUAAUUAAUCAGCUAUUGCAGUUUGAGGCGAGGCGGCGUAUCUCUGCAGAAGACGCUCUCAGACACCCCUACUUCAGGAGUCUGGGAGAGCAAGUGCAGCGACUGUCUGACACUGCCUCCAUCUUCUCUGUGAAGGAGAUCCAGCUUCAGAAGGACCCAGGAAAACGUUCUAUAGCAUACUCAGAGUCAGCGAUGCCCCAUAAGAUGGGUCCCACGCAUUUGGAAUAUUUCCAGAGAGAAGGAGCAAAACCCACGUUGCAUCCUGCCCCCUCUUCCCCCUCUACUGGCUGACUCAUUAUACCACUCUGCCCAGGGGAAGUCCCGCCGACAGAGUGUUUUGUUUUAAGAAGGAGGCUAAUGUCAACGCACGUAAGGCACAAACAGAAGACUUCACCCCAUCAAAAGCAAAAGAACCUAAGAAUACAACAAAGGAAAGAGGACCUGAAUCUUUGCACCAUGAGAAGGAACGAGAAAGUAAUGUUUGCUAAGACUUUCGCUAAGAGGAAAUCUUCACUACACUACACAAUCAUGAAAAAGGAUUAGAAACUUCAAAAUGCGAGGAAUAACACUUACAACACAAGUACAACUCAUGAUGAAACAUGAGGAGUAUCUACGGCUGCUCACAGAGAUACAUAGGUUUUAUUCUUGUCUUCAUUGAGACUUCUGAUGUAGUGCAGGAAGAGGAGACUCUGGACUCGUGACUAGACGUGUGGUCUAUCCAGGCCCAGUUCAACCAGAUGAAAUCUUAGGAGAUUUUAAAUACAGAAAGGGCAUCUUUUUUUUCUUUUUUGUUGGUUUGUUUGUUUUUAGAUGUUCAGACAAGAGGCUAAACUGUUUUUUAUCUUUUAUCACAUCACAAGCCAGGCUCUUAUCUGCACACUUUCAGACCUCUUAUCCACACUCUACAAGCCUCAUGUAUACGUCACAGUGUACCUCAUUCCAGUCCAUACAUCCAACAUUCCUCUCCCAGUAUUGCCCAUGUUUGCGCGUGUAUCGGCAUGCUGGAAAUGAUGGUUGGGAGUUUGUUGUAUGUAUAUCUGCGUUAUGUUGCCUUUUGAUAUUUGCAGUAAUCCUCUAAAACCCCUGACCACCUGUCUCACCUGUUGUUAUGAACUAACUUUGGCACCUUAUGAAAGUUAAGCUCAGGCUGUAUUCUGUAAAUAUGAUAUAACUAGUGGUUCACCUCGGAGGACUGCAACCCGAAAGAAGAUAUAGACUUGACACUGAAUUUCUGAGGAAAGAACGUCUUUUGUAGUGUGCACUAUAUAAUUAUGAACACUGUAGACUGUACUAAACAGGAAAAUAUGGAUUAAUCUAGCAUGCUUUUUGAAAGAACAAAGGUAUUACACUGCUAAGUGUCAGGACAGACAUGGGUGUUACAAGACUGAAGAGUGGGUGAAAAUAUUGGUGCAACACAAGCUAUAGACUCACCCUCUCAACCAAUCCAAACAUCAGCUGUUAAUGUCUGAUUGAGUGGAGAAUCUUUUUAUCUCUUAUCUCCUCAUCCUCUCCAUCACUGUUGAGGGAAAAACAGAAUCUGUACUGUGAUUUAUGUGCAGUGGCGUAGCACUGCGUGAUCAAAUAGCAUAGCCAAGGAUUCUGGAUGCUGUAGUCUGAUGAAAUGAAAAUCAGGAAAUGGACUCCUUCAUAGUUCGAAGCCAUAGAAUGGGCACACAUACUACACUUCUACAAGCUGAUAGAUAUCCUCUUACAACACUGUGUUAGAUUUGUUCUUUUGCAAUAACUUAUUACAUUGCUAAUAAUAUUGUCAGGCAAUACAAAAAAAUGAAAAAAACAAAUAUACACUAAAUUGCAAGCUUCCAAGACAAAAAACUAGUCACAUGCAUCAUUUCUCCUCUAAUGCUUGUUUAGGCAUCCCCUUGCCUUAAUGACAGCUCAAAACUUGACAAGUAAGGAUUGGUUAAGAUGUUUGAGAAGAACAAAGCGUUAACGUUCCCACUUUCCAUGAUGACAACUUUAGUGUCUGUAUGUGGCUGGUUCAACAGACAUGGUGGAACACUGGGACACUGAUUGACCAGCAAUAUCAUCAGACCUCAGUCCAAUGCUGAAACAGGCACAAGGAACUCUGAAUGAAACAUGCACCUAGUCUGUGAAAGAGUGAGCUAGAAAGAACAGAAAUUCAGGUCUCAAGAGACUGGUGUAAUCCAUACCUGACAGGAUUGCCGCUGUUAUUAAAGCAAGGGGAUAAAGUGUUAGAGAAGAAAUGAAGUUUGCAAAGUGAACAGUCCUAAUUAGUGGUCACCUUCCAAAUUUUUGAGUUGGGUUGGAGCUGUGCAGCGAUUUACUGAUACUGCAGAUUACUUACAAUUAUAUAAUAUGUAAAACUCAGUAUGUGCAUGGUGACUGUACAGUUCUAAACCCUUUCAAUCCAAAUUAACAAUGACAUGUUCAUUAUACUAAAGCUUACAAUGCCAAAUUAUGAUUUUUUUCUUUUCUUUUUUUUUAUGGAGUUUCACCCAAGUUUUUAUGUUUUAAUACUUUCCUUGUAACCUUGUAACAGAUGAUGAACAAUAACCAUGUUAGAAUAUGAGUAUAGCAUGGCAUUUUCUAAGUGGGGACAGGAAAAGUAAAUGAGACUGUAAUAAGAUUGAAGGUUUAUUAUUUAUUUGCAGGUUUACAAAUGGCUAGAGCCAUGUUGUACUGAGGGAAGGAGGGAGAGUGUAGUCAAAGUGUGAAGGAGAAGGAAGAAAGAAAGAGUAUUUGUAUUUUCGGCAUGUUUAAGAUUUGGUAAUGUUUCUUUAAAUGUGUUUACAGCUGUCUGAAGUGUAUCCCCUUCCAUACAGAAUUAUUAGGCUGUAUAUUUUAGUCCUUCGCCCAUGAUAGUGGGUCACAUUAUGAGCGACGGAUUUUCUAAAGUUUAAAAUGAAUUUUAUUUUGUAUUAGGAACAGAAGGUUCUGAAGGCUAAGGUAAUUUGUUUAUGACCGUUAACCUUUACUUGAAUUAUUGAAAAUGUUAUGUUUACCACUCAAUGUAAUGAAACAUAUGUUUCACUGCUCUACACAUUACGUUUAUGACUGUAACUAUUGCAGAAAUCAGACAUUUGUACGUACAUGCUUUCAGUUCAGUUGAUCUGAUUAUUUGUUUGUAUUUUAUUUUUGUAGAACUUUUACAGAUGUAAUAAGGUAGCCAGGAGGGCAGCACUUUAGAAAAACCUAAGCUUCAGACACAAUGAAAUUCCAUUUUAAUGUUGAACAUUUAAACAGUUUUAGUAGUGCUUGCUUGUUUAUUUGUUUGUUUGUUGUACUGUUUUAAAAUCAUGUCUUCCUUUCAAAGCUGGACAUUCGGCUUUUUAACAAGAUCGAUUGUUUGAUUAAGGCUACUGGCUCUUAACUCUUAUGUCUAAUUUGAAGGUCUAAUCUGCAGUAAUGUGUGAUGACCGCUACCAUGACUGCUUAUGCUGAAAUCACAGUAACAACUAAAUUAGUCGUGUUUAGUCCCUUUCAUUACUAGGCUUUCAGAAGACUUUUUCAAGCAGGCAACAUCAUUUUGAAUGUAAAUUUCACAAUCUGUAAGAGCUUCAGAGACUGGCUAAUUUAUCAGUUCACAAUAACAAAUUAGUUCAGUAAUGAGUUCUUUAAACAGUCUAUUUAAAAACAAAUGAAUAUACAAGUUCCCUUAUAAAAUCUUUGACAAGGACCUGGAGCCGAAGGAUGAUGUAUAAACUAAGGCUGAAAUGAAAUAAAAACAAGAACAGGGUUAUGAGUUCAUUUGAUUAGGCUCAUUCGCUCAUUCCUUUGUAUAUUCCGUGCGGUCAACCACACUUGCAAAAUUGUGGCUUUAUGAAAUAUUUGUCAUCCACACUGUAAUUUCCUUUGUUUUAAGGGUGGCAUUUAGAUUUUGACACCUUUUGUCCUUACUGCCCAUGAGUACAAACUACUGAAGCAUAGGACAUUUUUAAUAUAGUUUUGUCUUUAUUAUGAUAUUAACAUGUCUAAUUCCUGACCUGUGGUUUUGUAGAUGGAGCAGGUGGAAAACAGCUUGGAUAUAAUUACAUGAGAGAAACAGUUAUUUGAGCACUAGGAAUGCUGGAUACAUUAAGCUCCUCAGAUUUCCUAUGAGAUGUACCAUGAUAAUCAAGGUGCAACCAUAAAAGUGGAAAACUCUCAAUUAACCCCCUCUGUUCAACUACAUUCUUAAAAAUAACAGAAGGUUUGGUUCUUUGCAGCAAUUCUAUAUAACAACCACUUUUGCUUCCAUAAAGAGCCUUCCAGUUCUUUAAAGAGCCAUUUUUGGAAAUGAGAUGUGAGUGUGAAGAACCUUUUUAAUGUUUAAAAAAACUCCAGAUAAAGCAUUAAUUCCUAGAGCUGAAUGUCAAUAAGCCAGUUAAUUGAACCUUAGCAUUACAUUGAGGUUCUUCAAACUUGAAAUAUUCAAUAUUCAUUAUAAAUCAUCUCAUUUACAAAAAUGGUUCUAAAAGAAUUUUUAUUUUUUAAAGAGUGUACACUAAACUUACAAUUGCAAAUGUCUUUACAACAUUAGCAUACAUGGUCAAGAUAUUAGAUAAAGUUAAAGCAAGCUGUCUAUCCCAAAGUGAGACCUUAACCAAGAUCCUGCAAAAGUCUACCAAUGCCUUCUGAUCACCUGUGAAGGAUGACAUUUUAAGCAAAGAAAGAAAAGAUAAAUUAUGUAUUUAGCCACAGAUUAAAGGUGUAGUUGGUAAGAUUGGCAUCUGUUUUACAGCAGCUGUUCUUUGGAAAAAGGUCCCAACUCCUUUCAUGAUCUAAGACAGUCAAACAUGCAGUGAGUGUCCAUUUUAGUUCUAGCUAGACUCACUUAGUAACAAGAACAAGCCUACAAAAUGGUCUUCUGGUAAAAUGUUCAGGAUUUGGAACAGUUGUGUGACUUUUGUUUUCAAACAAUAAUGUGCAUCUACCAGAGGCAUUUGAGUGAGAUGAUACUGCCUUAGCACAUUUUUACAGUAGCUACUGAUCUGUCAUGAUGAUGUAUUGAUAUUGUGAUAAAGAAAUCUUAACUACUACACCUUUAAGGAAGAACAUACGCCUCACUUGUGUAGCCUAGCUGCUCAAACAUUGGAGUACACAUGCCAUGUCCAAUAAAAUACCUGUAAAAUAUU